CAGCGUGUUGGCGAGUUUGCAAGCUUACAUUUUCAUAUGCAUUUUGCUAUGUGUUAAUAUCAUUAUUGUAUAUCAGAAUUAUCUAAAUUGAUUGGAUGUGCGAAACAAAUGAAGCAGUUUGAUUUGUCAUGUGCUAGUUAUCGUUGUGGUGAGGCAUUUGUGAAACCAGCUUUAUCAUCAUAGUGAAUACCUUGUCAUUUUUGUGGAAGUGGAUUAAGUGAAAUGGGUGAAGAAAGUGCAUUGAAACGUUUGGCAAAACUAACUCAAGACGGACAGCUGAGCUUGAUCAAGGAGGAACUCUGCCAGAAUGAAAAUAUUCGUAGCGCGAUAACCAAAAAACAUUUCGGAAAAUCCGGCGAUACACUGCUUCACUACGCAGCCCGGCAUGGACAUUUAAGUGUCCUUAGAUAUUUGGUCGAGGAGAUGGAGAUGGACGUGGAACUGUACAACAACGAUUACAAGAGAGCUUUACACGAAGCUGCGUCCAUGGGACAGGGGGAAUGCGUGACUUACCUCAUCACCAAAGGUGCCAAAGUAGACUGUUUGAAAAAGGCAGAUUGGACGCCUCUUAUGAUGGCGUGCACAAGGAGAAAUGUGGAGAUCAUCAGAGAGCUGCUGGAGAAUGGGGCCGACCCAGCACUCAAGAACAAGGACGGAUGGAACAGCUUCCAUAUCGCCUGCAGAGAGGGUGACCCUGCAGUGGUACAGUACCUCCUAGUGGCCAGCCCAGGAGUGUGGAACACUGAGAGCAAGAUACUCAGAACUCCACUGCACACAGCAGCUAUGCAUGGCUGUGAAGAUGUUGUCAGCAUUCUAUUGGACAGGUGUGGUUACCAGCCAAACUGCAGAGACAGCUGUGGGGUCACGCCGUUUAUGGAUGCUGUGAGGAACGGUCACAUCUCUGUGGCCAAAAUGCUACUGGAGAGGCAUCAGGCCUCAGCCACAGCAGCUGACUGUCUUGGAGCUCAGCCUCUGCACCAGGCCUCCCUCACUGCCGAGGAGGGGGCGCUGUACUUCAUUGUGAAGGACCUGGGAGUGGAUGUGAAUGAGAGAGCCACUGAUAUGCAGCUGACUGCUCUGCACUAUGCUGCCAAGGAAGGCCACACAAGUACAAUAAAAACCUUACUGGAAUUAGGGGCUGAUCUUCAAGCAAAGGAUCAGAAAGGGAGAACAGCUCUCCACAUGGCGAGUACGGGCCAGCAUGCGGACACUGUCAGGGCCCUCCUGCAGCUCGGGCUCCGGGACACGGAGGAUGCCUCGGGGACGAUGGCCAAACAGCUCGCCAAGAAGCAGGAUGUGCUCAAAGCUUUCACUCUGCACGACACCCUGGAAUCCCAAUAAAUUAUGAUAA